AGAAUGACAGCAAAAAUGACAAUUUGGAAACUAUUUAGAAACCAAACUUAGGCUACAAUUUACUCUGUUGGAGUUUUGUGCUGCUAAAAAUUAUAAUGGAAUCUUGACAAGUUUUCCAAAGCAUGAUAUUGGACACUUCCACAAAAAUGAGCUUAAUGGACAUUACCAAGAUUUUCUCUCUCCUCCGACCCAAAGAGGAUGAAGAAGAUGGCUGUCAGCAGUUGAAUAAGGCCAUUGCUGAAGAUGAUGACAAACUUCUGGCUGAUAUGCUCUCUCAAGAAAGCUACAGGAGAUGCAUCAAUAGCAGAAGUGGCUGGGGAAUACCAAGUACGCCACUAAAAACGGCAGCUGCUCACGGUCACCUCCGCUGCCUUGAGUGCCUUUUAGCCCAUGGUGCCAAGGUGGACAGCCUGGAUGUGAAAGCCCAAACUCCGCUUUUCACAGCUGUCAGUGGCAAACACCUUGGCUGUGUUUCUGCUUUGCUCAAAGCUGGUGCUGAUCCUAAUGGAAGUGAAUAUAAUAACUGUUCUCCAGUGCUAACUGCAGCCAGAGAGGGAGACGUGGACAUUUUAAAGGAGCUGCUGUAUUACGGUGCUGAGACAGAUAUCCGAGCCAAAGUACCGGACUGGGCUUCCAAUGCCACGACAUGCCGAGGGCCUCUCUACAUAGCGGCCAUUUAUGGACACCUGGACUGCUUCAAACUGCUGCUGUUACAUGGUGCCAAUCCAGACUACAACUGCAAGGAUGAGAAAAUACUGGCAAGGCUCAAGCAGUCAAACACAGUGCUAGACACCUGUCUCAAAUAUGGGUGCCAAUCUGAAUACAUUCAGCUCCUUAUAGACUUUGGAGCCAAUGUCUACAUCCCAAUGGUGAGUAUGGACAAAACAAAAGAGCAGAAUGAGGCUUUCAUGCUGCUGCUUAGAGAGAGAGUUUUCCCUAAAACACUGAUGUCCCAGAUUCGGCUUGCCAUACGGAAGUACCUUUCUACUGCACACAAACUGGACUUGAUUGAUCAGCUGGAUAUUCCACAAAUGUUGAAAAAUUAUUUGAAACAUGCCACAUGA